AAAUUAAUCUAAACAUAUAUAAGUGGUGAGCAAGUGGCAGUUGCUCUCGGUCACCAUCUCACAAGUCACAAUUUAGUGGUACAAGGAUUUGAUCGGCCCAAUGGCUCACAACGCACGCGCGACUAUGGCCACCACCGUCUCCGUCUCCGGCAGCGACCGCCUCCGCGACCUCCAGGCCUUCGACGACACCAAGGCCGGCGUCAAGGGCCUCGUCGACGCCGGCGUCACCACCGUCCCCUACUUCUUCCGCCACCCGCCCGACCCCCUGCCGGUCGCCGCCCCGUCCGAACACGAUGCCGCCAUCCCGGUCAUCGACCUCGCCAAGGCCGACGUCGACAGGGAGUGGGUGGUCGCCGACUUGAGGGCGGCCGCUGAGACGGUCGGCUUCUUCCAGGUGGUCAACCACGGCGUCGCUGGGGUGCUCAUGGAGGAGGUGCUCGCGGUGGUGCGGCGGUUCAACGAGGAGCCGCUGGCGGCGAAGGUGCCCUUCUACACCCGGGACUCCGCCCGCAAGGUGCGGUUCAACUCCAACUUCGACCUGUUCCGGUCGCCGGCAGCCAACUGGCGCGACACGCUGUUCAUGGAGAUGGCGCCCGACGCGCCCUCGCCGGAGGAGAUCCCGCCGGCGUGCAGGGGCGUGGCGGAGGAGUACACGUCGGCGGUGCGCGGGCUCGGGGAGCGGCUGUUCGAGCUACUGUCGGAGGCGCUGGGGCUCCCCGCGGGGCACCUCGGCCGCGACGCCGGCUGCAUGGACGGGCUGAGCAUGGCGGCGCACUACUACCCGGCGUGCCCGGAGCCGGAGGCGACGAUGGGCACGAGCCGGCACUCCGACCCCAGCUUCCUCACCGUGCUACUGCAGGACGCGUCGGGCGGGCUCCAGGCCCUGCUGGAGCGGCCGCGGCGGUGGGUGGACGUCCCUCCCGUGGCCGGCGCGCUGGUCGUCAACGUCGGCGACCUCAUCCAGCUGAUGUCGAACGACCGGCUCCGGAGCGUGGAGCACCGCGUGGCGGCCAGCGGCGCCGGGCCACGCGUGUCGGUGGCGUGCUUCUUCCGGCCGGAGUACACGUCGACGAGGUCGUACGGCCCCAUCGCCGUCGCGUCCGGCGCACGGCCGGCGGCGGCGGCGGCGGUGUACAGGAGCACGACGGCGUGGGAGUUCCUGGCGCACUACAACGGCAAGGGGCUCGACGGGCGGUCGGCGCUGGAGCACUUCAGGCUUCCAGAUCCACCUGCUUCUUCCGUCUCGUCGACCGCUGAACACGCGGCGGACGCACACGCACGCACGGACGUGGCAAUCUGACUGCCAUGCACUCAGGUUUUUGUUACGUCAUUAUGUUACUUAUUAAUAAUUGGUUGGGGUUGGCACACGCGUACUCGUACUAUUAUGUACGGUGGGUCCAAACGACAUCUGUGUAAAUAAAAAAUAAUUUAUAAAUAAACUUUUAUAUAUAUAUA